AUGGAAUCGUCUGUCAUUGUUGCUUACGUCAUCACUUCUGCCGCUCUUCUUAUUCUGAUCGCUGCUCUCGUUUUGAGAUUUCUCUGGAAAAUCUCAAGAAAAUGGGUCCGUGAAAUACCAUCAACGAGCCUUGCUCGAGGUAUUUUCAGUGCAACUCAUCUCAUUCCAUUGCUCAUUUUGAUUGUAUGUUUUGGAUAUUUUCAACCGUGGAGUACAUUUUCUGGUGAAAUUGAUGUGAAUACAAAUGUGAAAAGAGACAUCGAAAGUAGGUUGACCAUUAAAAUAUUUGAAAUCUAAAAAUUUAUCAUUAUUUGCAGUUCUCGAAAAGAAAGCCGACACUGCUUCUGGAAUGUUGCCUGCAAAUGAUAAAAUUGUUAUUUCGGAUACUGUGCGUGAUGCGAUGGUGAAUGGUGAGAAAAUAUCAGGAGCUGUGUAUAAUGAAAUGCAUGUUGAUUUGCUGAUGUUCCAAAGUUUAUUAAAUUUCUAUAAAAAAGAGGAAGAUUUCAAAACAAAAGUUAAUAGCGGCUCUUUUUGCAAUGAACUGAAAAAUGUAAAGGACAAAACAGUGAUGAAAACCGAUGGAAUACACGCAGCUUUGAGAAUGAUCAACGAUGAAGGAAAUGAUUUUUAUUUGCGUAAAUUGAAGUCAUUUCUUGUCGACGGAGAGGAAACUAAUAAAAAUGAAUUGGUAAAAGGAAUAAGUGAUAUGGGCACAUAUUUGAAAACAAUUCAAACGGUAAAUAUUUCCUAUUUCCAGUAGUUUACUUAUUUUGCAAAAUUUUCAGAUAAUCAAGGGAUGGAAAGACUCUUUUGUUCAAUUGAACAGCAUCUUCGUAACAAUUGUUGUCACUGAUAUUUCCUUGUUAUGUGUUCCAUCUGUUAUUGUUCUUAUGUAUAUUGUUUUUUCUAUCACAAUCAUUUGGACCAAAAAAGAGACAGCAUACAAUCGAAUUAUUCUUCAAAUCAAUCAAAUUCUCUUCUUCGUCAUAGCAAUUAUUCUUAUCGCCUGUUCUAUUCAUUUAUUGGUUGUUUAUCCUUUUGCGUGUUCAGAUGAUGAGGAUAAGACAGCUAAUUUCAAUUUCGAUAUUCCUACAACCACCGGUGCCACCAGAAACUCUUAUCAAAUUCUAUCAACAUGUUCAUCCAAUUUGUUCGAUUCGCCAAAUGAUGAUAUUUUAUUGAGAGAUUUUAGAUUUGCUAAGCAUUUGAAGACAUUAAUUUUUGGUAAAAUGAAAGAACUCAAAACAACUCAAGAUAGCAGCAUUUCAAUGAAAAACAAACUUGUUUCAAUUGAGUCAAACUGGGUGCUAAAGAAAAUGUAUUACGAAGAAUUGAGUAAAUUGCCGGAAGAUAAGUGCAAAUCAUCGAAAAAUUUGGUAGAUGGAAUUAUGAAAGAGUUUAAUGAUAUCGUCAGUAAAACGGAUGCUUAUAUUGCUGCAUUGAAAAAACGAGAGGAAAAUUGGAAUAAUUUGGAAAAGAAAAUCGGAACGGCGGUGGAUAAGCAUAUGAAAAAUAGUGGUGGAAUGAUUGCAGCUCAAGUCGGCAAAAUGAAUGUGAGUUUUGAUCACAGCAAACAAUUUUCCGCAUUUUUUGUGAAUUUCAAAAGUCCAAUGUUCCAUUUUUCAGAAUGGCAUCAAAAUUCUGAACGUCGAUUGCCAAACCACAAGGGAAUUAUUCUCAAAAGUAAAUGAAUGUUCGAAUGGUAGCCCAAUUGGAUUUAUUGCUUUGAAAAGAUCAAUUGUUUUAUUUGCCAUGAGUUUGUGUAUGAUCUCUUUUCUAUUCACAUAUCGGAAAUUUGGUCCAACUCCUCAUCAAGAUCAGACUCCAGUUCUAAAAUCUUCACUUCAAAAAGAUCCAGGUGUUGAUAAUAGGAAGAAGUGGGCGGAAAGUAUUUGCAAAUUGGUAAGUAAUUUGCAAAUAAUAAAUCAAACCCAUUUUUUUUUUCUCUUGCAGACCUGCAAACAAAUCAGAAACAACUUCUUGGAAUGGAUUCAAGAUCUUGGAGUGGAUCUGAAAAUGCUCAGAUUGGACAAGCUUAAAGGCAGAUAUCGACUGAAUACUCCGUGCCUCAGAGCUACGCGGGUUGUUCUCAAAGACAAAAAGCGCUUCAAACAAGGUUUUAUACAUGCGAAUCGAGUGCCGAUGCCUGAUAACACUAAAUAUAUCGCAACAAUUGCACCUCUUGAUCAAUCAGAAGACACUUUGGACACGAAACCCGAUUUUUGGGAGAUGGUUUGGCAGGAGAAGGUUGGUUUUUUCAUCAUUUUUGCGCUGAAAAUCUUGAAUUUUCAUCUGAAAACACGUGGCAUUAAAAAAAGCAACAAUUUCAGGUGGAAAUCGUAGUGAUGUUGUGCCAGUUUGUGGAAAAUGGUGCAAAUCGAUGCGCAGUUUAUUUUCCACAAAAAUUGAAGGAAAAAUUGACAUUUGGUGAUUAUACAAUUGAAUUGGUUGAGAUCAAAGACUGUAAAAUUGAUGGUGUUUGCUGGCGCCGUUUGGAAGUUACAAAUUCAAAAUCGGAGAAACGUGUCGUGAAUCAUUUGCAGUAUGUGAAUUGGCCUCACGAAGGAGUACCAGAAGAUCCAAAUUCAAUCCUUGAUUUGCUUGCAUUCGUCAAAGGAUUUGCAUCGAAAAUGCCAGUUGUUGUACAUUGCGUGACUGGUGUUGGGAGAACUGGUUGCUUUUUGGCAAUUGAAUGCGCUGAUCAAAUGUUGAAAGGUGGAUGUUGUGGUUUGCUGGAAGUUAUGGAAAGUUUGCGUGGAAUGCGAGCACUGGCAGUUCAAAGAUCAAUCCAAUAUAUAUUUCUUCAUGCGUGUUUGUUUAGACUUUAUGAGAAGAUUUGAUUUGUGAUCAAAAAUCAUAACAAUUUUAUCUAAUUUUCAGCAACAUCUUAUCGAUUCUCAAAAAUUGGUCAACUUUUUUGCCGACUUUGCAAAGUACAUAAAGGACCCGAAUAA